GCCACGAUAAAUAGUCAGAGGGACUGUGUCGUGCCACGGCUGUGCAUCUGUUUCAGGGGUCGUACUUCAGCUUUAUAAAACAGGCGUGUCUUCAGCGAGGAGAGUUGUUCAAACACAGACUUUUCGACGGUAACGUAGCAGUUGUGUUUCUCUCAGGCAGUGGAUUAUGUGGAGGUGUCUGCACGAGUUCCAAGUUGACAUCUUCUUUUUCGGACGUUGAAUGCCUUCAAAGCACGCUUUUGGAAAUUUAAUCUUAACUUUGUGAGAAGAUGGAUAACAAGGAGGAAUCAAAGAGUUGUUCUGUCAGUGUCUUGACCUGGGAGCAGGUGAGCCGGCUGAAUGAAGUUCUGACCGAGGUUGUGCCUGUUCAUGGACGGGGGAACUUCCCUACCUUAGAGGUACGGCUGAAAGACAUUGUGGCGCGGGUGCGCGCCCGCCUGGAGCUGCGUGGUAUCCAAGUAAAGGACAUACGGCUCAAUGGCUCCACAGCCAGCCACGUAUUGGUCCAGGAUAUUGGCUGGAGCUACAAGGAUCUGGACGUCAUCUUCAGGGUGGACCUGCCCCAUGAGGGAGAGUUCAGGCUCAUUAAGGACGUGGUGCUGGGUACCCUGCUGGACUUUCUGCCUGAGGGUGUGAACAAAGAGAAAAUUACACCCAUGACUCUCAAAGAGGCUUAUGUCCAGAAGCUGGUGAAGGUCAACACAGAGCAGGACCGCUGGAGCCUCAUCUCCCUCUCCAACAAUAACGGCCGCAAUGUGGAGCUGAAGUUUGUGGACUCGAUACGCCGGCAGUUUGAGUUCAGUGUGGACUCAUUUCAGAUUGUGCUGGACUCCAUGCUUUCCUACUACGAGCUGGCGCAGACGCCCAUGUCACAGGCCUUUCACCCUACUGUGAGUGGGGAGAGCGUGUACGGGGACUUCAGCAUGGCACUGAGCCACCUGCGGGACAAGCUCAUCGCCACCAAGCGGCCCGAGGAGAUCCGAGGUGGCGGCCUGCUGAAAUACUGCAACCUGCUGGUGCGGGACUUUCGGCCAGCCAGCGAGGAGGAGUUCAAGGGCCUGGAGCGGUACAUGUGUUCUCGCUUCUUCAUUGACUUCCCUGACAUCGGUGAGCAGCAGCGCAAGGUGGAGGCCUACCUCCAGAGCCACUUUAUAGGUGAGGAGAAGAGCAAGUACGACUACCUCAUGAUCCUGCGGCGAGUGGUCAACGAGAGCACAGUGUGCCUCAUGGGCCACGAGCGGCGGCAGACCCUCCACCUCAUCUCUCUGAUGGCCUUCCGAGUGCUGGCGGAGCAGAACGCUAUCCCUGAUGCGUCCUGCGUCACCUGCUACUAUCAGCCGGCGCCUUAUGUCCGAGACCACAACUUCAGCAACUACUAUGUGUCUAACCAGAACAUUCCAACAUGGCUGCCAUGUAACUGACAAAACAAGUGGAAGGAUGUACAAGAGGGCACCGCUGCUGCUGCUUUUGAGUAGAGAGAAGGAAUAAAAACACGUCCCCCCCCCAAAAAAAAAUCAUUAUUGAGGCAAUAAAUGCUAUGUUCCUCUCAAGGCACAAUUAUAUUUAAGUGGACAAGUGUUUUGCUUUGUUUUUUUUGAAAUCCUUUCUCAUUCCUUAUCUACAGAGGCGUCUAGGUCAUUGAAUAGAAAGUGAUAUUUUUAAGUGUUUAGAUUUUUCUUUCUCAUCAUGUUUGGUUGUUUCCCUGUUUAUCAAUCUUAUUCUUAAUGGAGUUGUGUUUUGUGCCUUAACUUCCAGGUUUACUCCCCAAUAAUUUAAGUAUGGGCUAUUUUUUUGAAGAAAGGGAAGAAGAAAAUGUUUAUAGCCUUUAAAUUUGGUUUUCUCCUGUGAUUUAAAAAGGAAAAAAAAAAAAGAAAAUGAAAAGGCAGAAAAAAACGGAAAAUAAUGAAAAUGGUAAUAUUGGGGAAUGGGUAGUAUAAUAGGUGACGGCCCAAGAAAAAAAAAGCAGAGCACCAGUGUUAAAGUUUAGUUCACUGGGGAGGGAAGACAGGUGGUACACUAAUAACUUUGUUCACAUCAGAAAUGGAGGGGGAGCGAGAGGGGUCGAUUUGUUUUAAUUCAUUUUGACAUGUAACUAGCUCUCAUAGACUCUUGUGAUCUCCUUAAUAUGCCCUCAGUGCCUGUGAUUUGCAAACAAUGCAAUAGAAAAUGUGUGUAUUUUUAUUUUCCACUGUGAAUUUCAGUGUAGGACGAGCUCCUCUCCUCCCCCUCUAUCCAGUUUACUCAGCCCUGUACUUUUCUGUCGAGACCGGCUUUGAGUGGAAAUCUGCAGUGAGACAGUUUAGGCCUCAGAAAGACAGGCUCCUGUGUGUCUGAGGAGUUUAGUUUCCCCUGUUUUUUUUUUGUUUUGUUUUGUUUUUUUUUUUUUUUUUUUUUUUUUUUUAAAGUCACUUCCAAAGCCUCACCAGUGACCUCCAGAUGUCAAUCCUCUGGCUAUUGUGGGAGGCUGACUGACAGGACAGAGUGGACAUGGGCCCGUCGAGAGAAUGUGGCUGGCCUCGUUGCCUGGAGCGAGCGCUGGCUGGCUGGCUGGCUGUCCCUUCCCUUAAAAGGAGCAGCACAUGGCGUGCCGGCAUGGUUGUCCCUUACAAAUAUUGCAGGCUCGACAGCACCUCUGAAAUGGGAUCCUCGUCUGACGCAGCUCAGUGACUGGCUCUCAAACUACAGGCCGUCUAUAAUUAUCCUCUUUUUCUUUUUUCCCGGGGGAGGUGUCGUCGGAAGCAGGGAACAGGGGAUGGGUGUGCGAGCAGCAGCAGCAGCCCUGCCACCUUACAUGUGUGGGAACUGAGUCACUUCCGGUCCUCUCCUAUCCAGCGCCUGCUGCGACCACGCAGUGUUUGAACCCCUUUUGUGGUCAUGGGAGGACAGACACCAGUGAGUGUGAAUGGUAUGUUAAGAAAAAAACGCCAGCAUGCCCCCCCCCCCUCCCUCAAAUAAAAAACAACCUAUGAAUUUCUAUUUCUAGCCAAGCCUAUUAUUAGCUGUUAGUUUUGAACACUUGCAGUGUGGCAUUACUAGCAAAUGGCUAAGCUGUGACUUAAACCUGUCAUCUAUCCUCUUCCCUCUCCUGACAUAGCAUCCGGGUUUGAGAGGAGAAAAGUUGCCCUUAAACCUCUUUCGUAAGUGGCAGCUGCUGUGUUCCUCUCGCCCCUCAGUUCCUCAGAAGCCCUCAAUUAUUCCGGUUCCCUGCCUUGCUGCUGCUGCUGCUCGUCUCACUGCAGCUCGUGUUUAUACCAGAUAAACAGGAACGUCUCUUAUCUGGCUGUCCGACAACUCCUGGCUGGUUAGAGUAUUGUUAGGGUAAGGCCAGCUUGGCCUCUUCUGCAGAUCACACCCCGGGGUCAGGGUAUGUUCUGCUGGCUCAGCGGCUGAACUUUGGUAUGGGAACUGCCAUAGUCUUUUGUUUUUGUUUUUUUAACAAGUGAGGUGCCACACACUGACUGACCAAAGUCUGCUUUACAACCAGCAACUGAAUCACUCAAGUGCCCUUGACUUUUCGGAGAGUGAUUUAGCUUUUUAAAGUUUCUUUUUUUUAAUGGUGAUCAGGAGGGAAAGGGUUAGCAUUAUUAUUAAAAAUAUAUAUAUUUUUUUUCAGCCCCUUUAAACCCUGUGGAACUUAAUUCAUACAAGACUGUCAUCAUCGCUGUAUUAGAUACUAGUUUAUGGGAGAAUACAUACAUUAUUUUGGUUUGAAUUUGAGUUUUUGGUAUUUUUAUUUUACAAUGUCCCCCCCCCUCUUUUUUUUUUUUUUUCCUGCUUAGUUUCAGUCCAAACCAUACUUUUCCAUGAAACCCAUCUAAAGUCAUUCCUGGCACAUUCUUCUCAGACAUUUAGUUUUAUUCCCUUCUUUGUCUUUUACUGAUAGUUUGGGCCUUGUUGUCACUGGCAGCCAUGUUGAGGUCAAUAUUGCCCGAAUGCCUUUAAAAAAUCCAACUUUUGAUUCAUUCUGAUUUUCUAAACAGACAUUAUAUAUUUACACCCCUAAUUUAAUGGACUGCCUAGCAUUGUAGCUCCACUUGCUCCACAGCAAGCUGACUGACUUUGUUUUGCUGACAGUUUUGUCCCCAUCCAAACCAAAGCAAUACCUAAAGUGCACUGACGAGCCAUACUGUGGCACAGUGGCUGGAGGUCACCCAGCAGAGACCCCAUACUAACAGAAGCACUUUAAAGAGGCCUUGUUUUACUCCAAACCCAGCCACCUGAGAGGAAUGUAAAUAAGCUAAUGUGGCCAAUUGCUGAAGGGAGUUGAGCUGGUUCUCAGGGACAUAAUGUGUUUUUGAGGGCUUUAUGUCUGGUGUGUUUUUUUUUUUUUUUGGUUUUCUUUUGUUUUUGUUUUUUAAUUCUGGAUGGGUAAAUUGGUAUAAUCUGCCCAUGACAUUGAGACGUCCCCUCCUGAUACUCACCUUCAUUUUGUGUCUUUUCCUCUCUGCAUUAAUUGUAACUCUGUCUCUCCUCUUGUCACCCAAACAACAGGUUCGUAUUAGACGUAGAUCAUGCCUGAAGGUGGAGGUAGCCAGCAGACUUCAGCUUGCCUUAGCAUGACAGCAGCACUGGGUUUUAUCUGUGCGUCCAUUUGCUCUGAAACCUUAUCAUCACUCAGUGGACUGUCCCCUCCUAGUUUAGUGCUAACAGCUAGAUUUAGCACCAUACUCUUAACCCUAAGAUGAUCUUUGCCUUGUUUGAAAGCUAGGGGACAAAAUGUUGAUUUUAGCGCUAAAAUCCCUUUCAGGGAAUGGCAGCCCAGAACCUCAAUCACUCCCCAGUUUGUUCAUCUUCUGAGUGAUUAUAAAUUGGUUCAUCAAAGCUUGGAGAGACACUGAAAACCAGCAGCCCGGUUACGCAGCUGCUCACAGUUGCAGGUUGAAGUCUUCUGGGGGUGGCAAGGACUAGUCUCUUCUUUGGCUCCUUGUUGACCUCGCUUCGAGCGAGGUCAAAGAAAAUGCAGCAAACACAAACUUGCAUUUUCGAUGGUGAACGCAGCCUGGAAUGUAAAUCCUCUGCGUUUUUUGAGCCCACCCUACCUUCAUGUGUUUACGGUUAUUGUGUCUUUUUACUGACGACUGAAAAAUGUGUGCCUGUUAAUGAAAGCUUUACCUUCCCCCACUAGAUGAGAGUGGGGUGCAUCAGGGCUCAUGCUAAAUCACUUCCUUCGUCAGGGUUGAUGUACGUAUGUCGAUGUAUGAAUUUUUUGUGAUGGGCGAUGUAGGGGGAAAAAAGUGUAUUUUGCCUUUUUUAUUUCCUGGCCCCCACUUUUUUUUCUGCUGUAAACUUGUCAGUGUUAUUGAUCCCGUUGCUUCUCUCACUCACCCUGCCUUUGGUCGUCCAACUUGUUUGGGCCUUUGUGUAUUAGUACAGCGUGUUUUUAAUUUUAUGACACCUGUAGAUGUAUUCUUUGCUGCAGGGGGUGCGGAACAAGCUGUGGAUUAGAUAUUUAGUGGUUACGCUUGUCUAAAGUACAAGUCUUACGCCAUAGGAAUGUGAUGGAGGCCCUCUGGAAGCUCUCCUACAGUUUCUAUAUGAAGAGUUGUGAACUUUUUUUGCAGCAGAUUUGUGUUUACGUUAAUGUGUGAAGGUGUGUGUGCGUGUUUGCAUGUGUGUAUGAAGAGAUGCCUGUGGCUAUACAAGUUUAAAAAGUGGGGAAAAUAUGAAAUUUGUCGCACUAUAUAUUUUGUUUGAAAUAGUUAAUGCAAAAGAGCUUUUUUGUCAGCUUCGUGAUUGUGACGAUGAGUUUGGUUACAACCAUUAUACUAUUUCAUUUUUCAGCACUUUUACCUCACUUGAGUUUUUCCUUUUUGAAUGGAAAUGUACAUCAGGAAAAUGUGUUUGAAGAGGAAAUAAUGAAUAAAGAUGAUUUAAAUGCAA